CACAGUCCAAAUUUGAGGAACGGAAUUUAAUGGAAUUUGGGGGAAGAACAAGAAAAGAAGAGGAAGAAGGCCAGAGAGGGAGAGGGGUUGGUUGUAGUAAGAGAAGGUCCACGCAGCGCAACCUGAACCUGAACCACUGCGAAUUCAACGCUCAUGCUCUCUCUCAAUUCCAUUUCUCAAUUCCUCGUUCCAUUCAUCUGUGGCUGUGUUAAAUUCCCCAUUUUUCAUCGUCGCCCUUCAGAGAAACCAACCUCUCGGGGCGCAGCCAUGAUUACUCGAUCGAAUCUGGUGGAGCAGUUGAGAGAAUACCAGAUUCGAUCCAAGCACGACUGGGCUUCCGCCUCCUUCUUCUCCUCUACCUCUAAUAUUACAUCCUCCAGGGUGGAUGUAGUCAUUUUUGUAAUAUGGGAACUCAUAAUUCUAUCCUUCUUGGUGUUUUCGGCGGUUUCUUUAUAUUUUCGACAUAUGCAGUUGACGUUCGUUUUAAUAUGCAUCACGAUGUUGUUGAUUGUAUGCAUGAAAGUAACAAAGCAAAUGAGAUUGGCUAGGAAGAAGAAAAGAAGGAUGCUUCUUCCAUUGUCCAUGUGAAAAAAAACUGAUAGUAGAAGGAGAGAUAUACUGAACUAUUUUUUUUUUUUUUUU